AUGCACAGCCCCGCCAGCAGUCAAUCCAGCUUCGAGUUGUGGAAUUCGGGCCCUAGAAGAGUCGAACACGGUUGGCAUCGACCAGCGCCGAUUAAGCAGUACAGGAAAAAGGCAGCACCGGGCGAGAUAUUUGCUGCUUUGCCCGGCGAGGUACUCGAAAUCAUUCUCGAUGAGCUGAGGAACUUGCAUCUUGCACCGAGCUCGACGAGUUGUGCAACAUGCAUGAUGAGAGACUUGUGCGCAGCCGCCCUUGCGGCGCGCAAGUUGUUGAAGUUUGCCCGAGUUGCCUUAUAUGAAGACAUUCAGCUUGUGGGAAAUGAUUCGCACAUCCAGAAGAAGCGCUACAAGAUCAACUAUGGUUCACGAAUGGUUCUUCUCCGUCGCACCCUUAGAGCGAAUCCCCAGAUCGCAGCGAUUGUGCAUAACGUCAAAGUGCCCGCCCCUCCACCUCAGGGUUUACCUUUGGGCGAGUAUCAGAACCUGAUCGCAUCCGUCAUCAUGGCAUGUCCCAACUUCGAGCGCUUGAUGGGCCCGCUUCAGAAUUACGACCACAAUCCCAACCGCUUGUUCCAUGCGCUGUCUACCCGCGAGAAGCUCAAAGAAAUGAAUUGGCUUGUUCAGUCCUCUCCAUUUCAACGUCAACGGCGACUAGGGUCGAAUUCGACGAUGAAUAUGUUGAACCAAUAUGGCUCCGUGAGCGCUCCGCCGCCGGGUGAUCUUCAACCACACCAGAGCACGGCUUUCCUCGACAUGCAUGUGAACUGGACUCAUCUGACGACAUUAAUGAUUCAUUGCCUCCCGGGUGCAACCCUGACCCCCACGUCGCUUAUUGUCACUGCGCUUGGUUGUUUGCCGGCUCUUCAGAAUCUGUAUCUAUCUCACUUGCCGCAUACAUCAUUUAAUGAUAGCAACCUGCUCUCGUUACCGCCGCUGAAGAGCCUUUCGCUCUCACAUCUCCCAGGAGUUACAAGUGCGGGCCUCUCAUCGUUCGCGACCCGAUACUCGAGUCGCUCGAUUCGGAAUCUGGCAGUGAAACAUAGCAACUUGAAUUCUCUCCCAGCUAUGGCUCGAAUCUUAUCCAACCUCGUGUCGUUGGAAACCUUCACCUUUGUGCAGUCGACGGCCCCCAUACUCCCCGAGCACGAAAUGAUCUGGCUGUUCCCGUAUCUGGCAUCACCCUCUCUGCGGAAAAUCCAUUGGGACGUGACCAAUCAAGCCGCUUGCGCCAAUGUGGCCGACGGCAUCCUUGCGAAAAGCAUAGCAGCUCAUGGUUUUCCGUCGCUGCGGACGCUGCGAACGCCCAACGAUCCGGAAGGCAUGUUUCAAACACUUUGCCGACCGACUGAGAGGAUUGAGAUGGCGAGUGACCGCUUCCGAGGCCGAAGCUUGAUUGGCAACAAUAGCAGUCGACCCGACAGCCCUGACACUAUGACUACACGUAGCGAAGUAUCGGCGGGGGAGAAGCAGAUCGGCCAGGAGGAUUUCAAGGAAUCAAACAAUCUACAUCCAGCUCGCCGGGCAGCUCAGAGCAGACUUGACGCAGCCCGUCGGUUUCCCCGAUUCUUCGUGAAUGUGAUUGACGAGGACGGAACUUUACUGGAGAAGUUUGGCCUGGCUGGUUUUCUGGGGCAGCUUGACUCCCAGGUCGAAUACUGUUUGACCCCCGAUGACGGAGCCAUAGACGAAAACGGCGGGUUGGUUGAAAUUUCCGACCUACUCGGGGACGGAGGAGAGGACCUCAAUGAAAGAGAGGGCUGCACAGGUCGGUGGAAUACGUACGGCAACGUCGUGGAUAAGAAAGACCGGGACAGACUAAUGCACACGGAAAGAGGGCGGUGGAGGCCCGUCACACUCAUUUGA